AUGAAGCCGGAAAACAGAGAAAAGUCGCAGAAUGCAUUCGCAAGUGUGCGUGGCGUCUUUAAGACUGCUAUCCGAAGUGCCAGCGCAAGCGAGGAAAUCAUGCGGACUGCUAAAUUCUUUACCAAUCUCGAUGGAACCAUGAAGUCUACACAUCAGUCUAUGGAAAAGAUAAUCGCUGGAAUGGUCCAGUUGCAAGAGAGGAAUACUCAAAUGCUGGAUACUUUACAUAUAAUUCCUCAGAUUCAUGAUGGAUUGAAAUUGGAAGAACUAGUGAGACUGUCGCCACAAUAA